UGAUUAGAUAAUCAAAAUUUCGUUGAUGUCAAAUGAAAUAAUUAUAAGUAUUGAAUUUUUAAAACUGCAGUAACUGAAUUACAACUGCUGCUAAGCAAGAGUACGUGAAGCGGGGCCAAUAUGUUGCACAUAUACGCAGCCACUACUUCGGAACCGAAACCCAAGUCUCGCGGCUGGCCAUUUAGCGGGUCUACGAGCGCCGAUGAUGACUAUGACCCGCACGAACACCGCGUUGUUGAAAAACCUACCACGUACGGGGAAACCAUGACACAUAUGGUGAAAGGCUGCGUCGGCGCUGGCUUGCUGGCAAUGCCCAAUGCCAUGUACCGCAUGGGCCUAAUAAUUGGUGUACUCGGUGUUGUAUUCUUAGGAGUUUUUGCCACAUACUGUAUACAAAUACUGGUCCUCGGGCAGUACGCCAUCUGUAAGAAGAACAAAGUGGGCUACAUGUCGUACCCCAAGAGCAUGAAGCUGGCGCUGCAGUCUGGGCCGCCCGCCUUGCGCUGGUCGGCCAAUAUAUUUUCCGUGGCUGUUGACGUUUUGCUCUUCGGCUGGCAAAUAGGAGUUUGCUCUGUAUUUUUGGUUUUUGUCGCUGAAAAUUUAAGACAGUUCAUAGAAUUUGUCGGCGGUGGAGUCUUACCAGUGAGGAUAGUCAUAUUAAGCUUGUACCCUAUCCUGGUCACCGCCUGUAUGGUAAAGGAUCUAAAAAAGUUGGCGCCUCUAUCUACAUUCUCUAAUGGUUGCAAUGCGUUCGGGCUAAUUCUUAUAUUUUUUUACCUGGUACAAGAUGAUAUCGUCAUCAAGGAGUCCAUGUUCGAGAUGAAAUCAUUUUAUGACAUCCCCGUGUACAUCGGUAUAGUCCUGUACGCGUUGGAGGCUGUGGGCGUGAUUCUGGCACUCGAGAGUAACAUGGAGAAACCGAAGGAAUUCACUGGGUUGUUUGGACUCUUCAGCAUCGGUAUGAGUAUCAUUGUCGUCUUGUACGCCACUCUGGGCAUCUUUGGAUAUAUGAAGUAUGGAGAUGAAAUUAAAGCAUCCAUUACGCUCAAUCUACCGCAGGAUGAGAAGUAA